AUGGAAUCAAAUUCCCUUUUCUCCUCAGCGUCUCCCUCACUUUCAAUUUCUUCCCCCAGAAAGUUACAUUUGCAGAAAAUAAUGAAAAGGUCGAGCAAUAGCAUCGCUUUGGCCACUAGAAGAGAUGAUUACUCCUACGGAGAGAUGCUUGUAGAUCAAAGCAUGAUAGUGCUGAGAAAACGCAUACAUGAAAUGAAGAUUAUAGAGAGAAAUUACGAGCCACCAGCAGAUUGGAUGGAUUGGGAGAAGCAAUUCUAUGGAAGCUAUGAUGAUUUUAUAUGCAAAUUUGUAGGUUUUCUGCAAUUGCAUUUGAUGAAUACUAGGCCUUGUUUGGCUCUUGGGUUACUAUUUCUCAUUUCAAUUAGUGUUCCCAUAUCUACGAUCACGAUUGCCCUGCAAUUCUUCGAGGCAGCUAAUGGAGUCAUCUCAACCGUUCAUUUGGGUUGA